AUGAACCGUAACCGUGAUGUAAUUAUUUCAUCAUUACAAUCUAAAGACUCUUGGGAAAGACUUGACAUUACCUGGUCUCGACGAUUUUUUAUGACUACCGACUUGACUAAGGAAAUCAUGAGUUUUAUAACUGGAGCUGAUACCCACUCCAGAAGUUCUCUAUUCAGGCGCCCUAACUUUGUUGUUGAUAAAGGUCUACUGACUCCAGAGGAGGAAUGUUCAAGAACCGUUAAUGCGCACAAAAAUGAAGAGCGAGAAUCAUGCCGAAGAAAAGGCGAAGGAAAUGGAUGA